UACUUUCCUCUGUCUCAAGGUCUUCACGUUGUUGAAAUGUCGCCGUCACGGCAUUUUCUACCACAAGUUGUCGCAUCACCAGUUCUCACACCACUUAAAGGGGAAGAUGACAUUGAAGACAUUGACCGAUUGAACUUGGACGACUUUUAUGGCGAAGGGCGUUAUCCACUGCGAAAGCCGAAACCUCUGCCUUUUUACGUGGACACACCUGGACAUAAAGAAGCCGUAUGGAGGAAACAUCCAUUUCGAAAUCAUGAAGAAGUAAAUUUUUCUGGCUCUCUUAGAAAAGAGCACGAGAUAAUGAAGUCGCUGCGCGAAAUGUCCGCUACAUUAGUAAUGAUACGACUGCUUGCUGACGGUGUUGUUUCACGAUGGACUCGUGACGAACGAAAACGAUGGUCAGAAGAACGUCAUGAAAAGAUGCUAGCGGGAAUAGAGCAGUUGCCCAAAGGUAUUGGACUAUCGGAUGUAGUUCUCAAACCGAAUUAA